GACGAGACUUGACCGAGCGACAUCCUCGACGCGGAGGAGGCAGACGCUUUGACCACAGCGGACGACAUGGCGUGGGUGAGGACGUUCUGCGGCUGCAUUUCCACCAGGAAGGGGGCCAUCGUCAUCGCGAGCCUUGCCCUCACUCUCUCUAUCCCGGUCGUGAUCUCUCUCGGCAGUGACUUUCGACGCAUCUCUGCUUAUCACCAAGACCACUCUGCUACUCUGCGGGCCUACAGGAAGAUGCUGAUCUUCGCCACCACUCUGAUCGUGGUAUACGCCAUGAGCUCUUUGAUUCUGAUUUUCGCUGCGCAGAAGGUGAGCCGACGACCUCGGGGUCCCUUCAUUCGCUCAUCAGUUGCCAGGUCGCGGGUUUCGCCAUUGUUUCGCGGCGACUGCCAGUUGCCUUAUGAAGGGGACGUGAGGAUGAUGCACGUGCCGUGGAUGGUCGUGCAUCCGGUGGUCACGGUGGGUCUCGUGACGGUCAUGGCUUAUGUCGCGGCCUUGCUCGGGAGGAGCGCGACCGCGGCCAAUGAGAUGAAGGCGGUGCAGACCGUCUUCUGGAUCUUCGUCUGUCUCUGGAUCAUGAGUUACCUCUGGGUGGUAGUGGUGAGCAAUUACCAGAAGCUGGGCAAUGCUCAGGACGGAGACGACGACCUCCCGGCCGACACGACCGCCUGGUCGCUCGGGAAGUGGCAACUCCCCGACGGGCAACUGAAGCGGAGGUCGCGGAAGCAGAACAUCCUGGUCGCCCCCGCGUCGACCGAGCCGUAG